CGGGCUCGGGCAGCCGCCCCGGCCCUGAGCCCCCCCGCGCCCGCCCGCCCGCCAUGCGGCAGCCGCCCCCGCUGUAGCCCGCGCCGGGCCGGGCCGGGCCCGCCAACAUGGCGGACCUGGAGGCCGUGCUGGCCGAUGUCAGCUACCUCAUGGCCAUGGAGAAGAGCAAGAGCACCCCGGCCGCCCGCGCCAGCAAGAAGAUCAGCCUGCCCGAGCCCAGUAUCCGCAGUGUGAUGCAGAAGUAUCUUGAGGAGAGAGGAGAAUUAACCUUUGAUAAGAUUUUCCAUCAGAAGAUUGGAUUUUUACUUUUUAAAGAUUACUGUAUGAAUGAGAUUGAUGAAGCUGUGCCUCAGCUGAAGUUUUAUGAAGAGAUAAAAGAAUAUGAAAAACUGGAUUCUGAGGAGGAGCGUUGUAGCAGAAGUCGACAGAUUUACGACACGUACAUAAUGAAGGAGCUGCUUUCCUGCUCACAUCCGUUCUCAAAGCAAGCUGUAGAUCACGUACAAUCUCACCUAGCCAAGAAACAAGUACUCCCAAAUCUUUUUCAGCCAUACCUAGAAGAAAUCUGUGAUAGUCUCCGAGGAAAUAUAUUUCAAAAAUUUAUGGAAAGUGACAAGUUUACUAGAUUUUGUCAAUGGAAAAAUGUAGAACUAAAUAUUCAUCUAACCAUGAAUGACUUCAGUGUACAUAGAAUAAUCGGGAGAGGGGGAUUUGGUGAAGUAUAUGGCUGCAGAAAAGCAGACACUGGGAAAAUGUAUGCAAUGAAAUGUUUAGAUAAGAAGAGAAUCAAGAUGAAGCAAGGAGAAACACUAGCCUUAAAUGAAAGAAUUAUGCUGUCUCUUGUCAGCACAGGAGACUGUCCUUUCAUAGUGUGUAUGACUUAUGCCUUCCACACCCCUGACAAACUGUGCUUCAUUCUGGACCUGAUGAAUGGAGGAGACUUGCACUAUCACCUCUCACAGCAUGGGGUGUUUUCUGAAAAAGAGAUGAGGUUUUAUGCUACUGAAAUCAUCCUGGGCUUAGAACAUAUGCACAAUCGAUUUGUUGUAUACAGAGACUUGAAGCCUGCAAACAUCCUCUUGGAUGAGCAUGGACACGUAAGGAUAUCAGAUCUUGGUCUCGCCUGUGAUUUUUCCAAAAAGAAGCCGCAUGCUAGUGUUGGUACCCACGGGUACAUGGCUCCAGAGGUGCUCCAGAAGGGGACAGCGUACGACAGCAGUGCGGACUGGUUCUCCUUGGGCUGCAUGCUUUUCAAACUUCUGAGAGGUCACAGUCCUUUCAGACAGCACAAAACCAAAGAUAAGCAUGAGAUCGACCGGAUGACACUCACCGUGAAUGUGGAGUUACCAGAUUCAUUUUCCCCUGAACUGAAGUCCCUUUUAGAAGGGCUUCUCCAGCGAGAUGUUAGCAAGAGGCUCGGCUGCCAGGGUAGAAGUGCACAAGAAGUAAAAGAGCAUCCUUUUUUCAAAGGGAUUGACUGGCAGCAGGUCUAUUUACAGAAGUACCCUCCACCUUUGAUUCCUCCCCGGGGAGAAGUGAACGCCGCAGAUGCAUUUGAUAUUGGCUCCUUUGAUGAAGAGGACACAAAAGGCAUUAAGUUGCUUGAUAGCGACCAAGAAUUGUAUAAGAACUUCCCUCUGGUGAUAUCAGAACGCUGGCAGCAAGAAGUAGCGGAAACCGUCUACGAUGCAGUAAAUGCAGACACAGAUAAAAUUGAGGCCAGAAAAAGGGCCAAAAAUAAGCAGCUUGGACACGAGGAAGAUUAUGCACUAGGAAAGGACUGUAUUAUGCAUGGGUACAUGCUAAAAUUGGGGAAUCCGUUUUUGACUCAGUGGCAACGCCGUUACUUUUACCUCUUUCCAAACCGACUUGAAUGGCGAGGAGAAGGAGAAUCUCGGGACCUCUGGCGUAUAUAUCCGAAAAAACAUAAACUGCAAAAUCUACUGACAAUGGAGCAAAUAGUAUCAGUGGAAGAAACUCAGAUUAAAGAUAAGAAAUGCAUCUUGCUGAGAAUUAAAGGUGGAAAGCAGUUUGUCCUGCAGUGUGAGAGUGAUCCAGAGUUUGUUCAGUGGAAAAAAGAGCUGACAGAAGCUUUCACUGAGGCACAGAGGCUGCUACGUCGGGCUCCAAAGUUUCUCAAUAAAUCUCGUUCCACAGUGGUCGAGCUCUCCAAACCACCACUCAGCCACAGGAAUAGCAACGGUCUGUAGAUGGGAGAAGAGAGCAGCAUUCACUUAAGGAAAUUUACUCUGUCCCUGUGUGUGAGGUCUACGGUGUCAUUUUUGGUUCCUCUGUACAAUUCCUGAAGCAGGAUGUACCUAGAAGAAUGGGAUGUUUACAGCAUGGGGUAAUGUCGGGACUCUUUUUCGUGGAGCUUAUGAAGCUGAAGCAAUGACAAGGUGAAUGUGCCCUCAUAACAGUUGUCAGUUGUAGAGGCUGCUUCUCAUCCCCAUGCAUUAUUGCACCCUGGCGGUGUUGAAAGUGGUGUGUUAUCCUAGAACCUCCUAGACGGAAGGAAGACACUGUUUUCUUUGCAAUACCCUGGUUUUGGUAUAUGCCAGACCUGGAAACUAAAAUGGUUGCUACUUGUUAUCAUUUACAUUUUUAUGUCACUGUUGACAUAUCCCCAGACGUUGGAAGGAACUGCAAACUUGCCGUGUUGGAUAACAUGUAAUCUUAUGUGUUGCCGUGUUCUUUCCAACCAUCACUGCUGACUUUAAUAUUACCUUGCUCCAUACUGCUGGUGAUCAACAGUGUGACUCUUAUGCACUUCCGAGUACUGAAUUCUAACUGUCCUGUGGUUUAAAUGUUGUUAUAACUUCAUGGAAAUGUUGAACCCAGAUUAUUCACUUGGUUUGUUGUACUCACGAAUAGUAGCUACCACCGUUUUGCUGCUUCUACGUAUAUGCAGUACUAUAACUGACACAAUAGAGUAAUAAUUGGUGGAGAGGUAGCUUCAUCUAGUGCUCUGUUGUAUAUAUUGACUAUUUCAGCACAGUUUUUAAAGAGCAGAUUCCUUUUGACAAGUUUACAGUGAAUACAAAGACGGUUCUUUUCCAUUUCAGGUGAAUUGCACUUUUUAAAAAAAGAAAAGAAUAUUCCGAUUCAGUGCAUAUUAGUGCAUGUUCUAGGGUAAAAUACGUGAGGGCCUUGGUACGUAUUCUUCUGGGUCACUCUUCAGUUGCUGAACUUGUGGAUCCUUCUUUUACACACACGCACGCGCGCACACACCAUGUAAACAGCGCGUUCUCAUAGCAUAGUUAUUGCAGACCUUCAUUUUAGCCAAGUUCAGAAGAUUCCCGUGCAUGUCGGGUGGCUUGGCUGCACAAAAACGGUCUAAUUUCCCUCGACAGGGAAUUCAAAGCAUUCACAUUGAAAACAGCCUGCGAAUGUUGAGGAUGGAGCUGACAGGAGGUGAGCUGAUCCAUGCCAGUUUUAUGUAAAUUCUCCUUAGUUUGCCAUUCAUGUGUCACAUGGAAACUGGUAUUUCACGUAAGACAAAGUGUAAUAUUUAACUGUUAGCUUCAAACAUUUCAGGCCAGUUUCUGCCCUGUUAUGCAUACUGUGAAUCUCAUUGAUUAUAAUGGGUUUGCAGGAGGUGCGUAUGUCAGAGCUGAAUGGGAGCUUAGAGCUAAUUCUGUAUUACACAGUGUGUUAGUUACUGUGGGCUACAACACUCAGAGAAGUCAGUGGGAAUUGCAUCUGUGUAAAUAGGAUUUCUGCCAACAGUCUGUUUUGCUCAUCUCUUCUGACCAAGUUUAUUUCCAAUUUGUUAGUCAGUCACAGAGCUUCAGUAGUGGGUUUUUUUUUUUCAGAUUAAGGUAGCAAUCUUUUUAAAAUUAAAAAGAUUCCUCUGUUUCUCCUGAGCAUAUUUGUAAAUUGGAUGGCUUCACUACAAAAAGUGGGAAUGGCUUAGCUGUCUGCUAUGGCAUGGGCUUUGACAACAGUGCAAACCACUUGAUACUUAUACCUUGGUUUGGCGUGAAAAGGGACUCAAGUUUUGAGAGAGGCCGUGUGCCUGGCAGCCGAUAUUUUCUUUAAAGGACAUUACAAAUUAUUUUUCUUGCAUUAGCCUUUAAAAUAAGCACCACAUCCUGUUGUCACCUACUGAUUAGUAAUGUUCAGAGUCCAGGUGUCUUUCCGUAAGCCGUAAUUGUGGGCUCGUCCUAAACUCAGAAAAGGAGAUUCCUCCUCACUGUGGAGAGGCAGAUGUUUAAUUUAUGAUGGCGCCUACUGUACGUUGGUUUUUCUUAAGCUUUUGCAAGAAUGCCAUAUAAAGUGCUUAUGCUUUUUGUUUUAUGUUUUGCACGAAAGGAAAGCUCAAAUGAUGGUAAAACCACUCUUGCCGUCCUCAGAUGACCUGGUACUCCAUUCAGAUUUUUUUUAGUUCAAGAUCUGUUUCGUUUGCUGUCUCGAACUAUUUUCCGCAGCUGAAUUUUUUUGCCAAAAAAAUCCUGUGGGAAUAUUUGUGGAUCUAUGAAUAUAUUUCAUAAUAAAUUCUAGAAUGAAGGGUUUUGUACAUACAAGGAAGAUAUACCUGCAGGUGAAAAGCUGUGCCUCGAAAACCUUGAUUUCUAUGAGUCAAGGUUUUAUAAAUGCUUGCGGAAAUAUCUUGAAUCUAAAAUGACAUUAUAAAAUGGAGCUGGGCUGACACUUGAACAUGUGUGUAGUUUUGUACGUGAUCACCUCAUUUUUUGUAAGCUAUUAUUUGAAAGAUCUGGAUUUAGAUUUUUAAAAUGGCAGCUAAAAUCUACUGUUGUCUAAUACUCAUGACAUUCCCUUUCCUAAUUGCUGAUAGGAAUCAAGUUUUAAUAUAAGUGUAACACUUCUUAUUUUGAUUUUUUUUCCUGGGAAUAGUAAUAUGAGUUACUGAAGGUUUGCCUUUGCACCCAUCCCAGUGUCUUAGUUCAGCCAUCAGGCUAAAGGAACGAAAGGUCAUCCCACACUUCCUUCUGUCCGUGGUAUUACUCACAGAUGACGGUGAGAUGCCAAAAGCUCCAAACCAAAUUUUCAGCUGCAGGGAGAGACUUUAAAUCCUACAAUUCCCAAACCAGAGAUCAGGCAUCACAUUUAACCGCAAUUUCAGAUACCAAAUUCGAGAUGCAGUGUCUUCAUGGGACAAGCAAUGUUCAUGGAGUCUAUAAAAUGCAUAAAUAGGUAGAAAACCUUGCUAACUUUGAAAAUGGACAGUAAGACUUGGCAUGGUGUUUCACACACUUCUAUCACCUUUGUACACUCAGCAAGUUUUGGGGAAAAAAAAUUCAGGGAAGAAAAAAUAAAAGCUGCUUUCACUAAGAAAACUAAAUUAAAUAUUAAGCACAGCUUUUUAUGUCGUUUAUCUGCAAAGCUUGAUGUAUAUAUUUUUUUUUCUUAUCUCUAGGGUAGAUUUUUGCUGUAAGCAUUCGCAAGUAAAUGGUUUCGUUUUUCUUGCAAGCACAGAAACGCAGUCUGCACAGUGUCAGGUCCCGUCCUGAUUAUAUCCACGUCCCGCACUGGGAAGACUUCACAACAAUUCUCCAUAAUUAAUUCUGACAUACGAGGUGGUAAACUUGCACGUUCUCAAAUUGAAUCAAGCGCGAGUAGUGUGAUCAGAGCUGGUUGCAUGAUUAAUGCCUAGCCAGUGUGCAAGUUUCAAAGGAUCCAGACCCAUAGAGACCUAGAGAUCUUCCUUAAUUACCUUUAGAAGACUUGUGGCUCAAUCCUGUAUUCUUUAUUCAGUCCGUUUGGCGCUGUGGAGGCUGCGUCAGUCCUUCCUAUUGACUGUUGUGAGCUGGAGUCCUGAGUCAGGACAGCAAUUAAAGCAUUUGGUCAGGUUGGUGGGACGUAACCACGUGCUUUAUAGGCCUUCCUCGGCAGGGAAGGGGGCCCUGGGUCAGAACCAGAAUCCCGUUCAAGCGCAGCAUCCAUCAUUCGUGGAGAAAGGAGAAGCGGAACUGCAAAGGGGGCUUUCAUUACCUGUUGGCAUUCACUAGAAGCUGAGCAGUAUUUCAGUGGGCACCCUCUAACAAGGCCUUAUGGUGCCGACACUAUAAAUGAAGGGCAUUUUAUUAUGCAAAUCUGUUAAGUACUUGAGUUCAAACUUGCGAGACCAUAGGAAGAACUUUAACAGUGUUUUCAUUCCUGUGCCCUGAUGUAGGUCAUCCCUGCAGCUAAUUUUUUUUGUUUGAAUGCUUCUUUGCAGAAGUGGCGCUCGACUGUCAUUUCAUUAUUGCGCUAGUGCAGGUAGGUCCAAGGCUGCAGCCUAAUAAACUGCUUCUAAUAAUACUGUCUGACAGGGGAGCUCAUCUCGAAAACGAUUUGAAUCCCUUUAUGUUCACUGGGCGCUGGAUCCAACCCUCUCAGCCUGUGGGUAUCCACUCAGGCUCUAAACCUUUACAUGCAAGGCUUGCAGUUUGCAAGAGUGAGUUGGAUGAAUGCACGGGUGGACCAGGCUGUUCUUGUACAUGGACCUGCCCCCGGCACUGGGCUCAAGAAACAGAGCUCAGUCUAGUCAGCAUCAAGUUCCUCUACCUUCAGUGACUUUCCACUAGUGAAAUGACAGCAGCCUCUCUUCUCCCAUUUUUCUGGAAGGAAAGAUAAAAUAACGAGGUAUUUUCCACUUGCCAAUGCAUUUUUUUUAAAUAAAUGCAGCUAUUAGCACAAUCCUGUGCAUUGGAAACCCAGUGCAUUUUGCACCAAAACAAAGAAAUCUGUUCAUAUGUGCCAAGACCCUCUAAACUCAGCCACAUGAGCAUUGGCACUACUCGCGAGCCUUGAUUCGAUGGAAGCUGUGCUACUGAUUGAAAUCAGGCCUGGGCCAAACCCUGCUCUGCAUCAAGUGAUUCACAUACUUGCAUUUUUCAGGGAUGGGACCUGAAGUGUUAGUGAGUCCUUCAUGAGGGGAGACAUACCCGGAGCUCUCUGUGCAUUGCUGUUUUCUUUUCCUCGCUCACACUAAGUCCUAGCGCGUAACUCUGCUACGUUUAAACUCCUGUAGACAGAUACAGAACCUGAUUUGGUUUUCCCACACAGCCAGAUUUUGAUGAUAAGUUGCCUUUACAUGAAAUAUCCGCGUUCUGAAUGCAUACAGGGGAAGGAUUAUUUUAAACUGUACAGUGGAAAGUAAAGAGUUCGAAUUGUGCUGAUUAAUAUAGGAAAUGAGUCAAUAGUUCUCCAAACUAAAAAAGAUGUUAUUUUGAAAAAGUAUAGUAUUAAUUUUUAGUAUUGCACAAAAUGGGGGGGGGGGAAUCUAAGAUAUAUAGAAAAAAAUAUCUAUAUCCAAAUGUCUGCUCAAAUUCAAAACGAUUUAAUUUUGUUUCUUGUUGAUUUAUAUUCCACGAUGUACAUAUUUAUAUGAAUGAUCUUUUGAUUGAACAUUGCCUGUUUUAAUACUAUUGUUAAAUUGUAUUUUUAUUUUGUGUUAAACUAAUCAUCACAGACUCAGCUUUAUUUUGUUUAAUGUAAAGGUUGCUAAGCUAUGUAGGUAUAAAACCAAGAAUUCUAUUUUAACAAGAAGAAAAGGACAAAACAUUUUAUAUUAUUUAUUAAAUCCAUGUGUUUCUUCGACUUCUGACAUUCCAUGAAAUUCCUGCUCCUUUUCUGUACAGCUGGUUGUUGCAAAAGAUGGCAGUUCCUUUCAGAUAGGAUUGAAAAGCUUUAUUCUGUUUUUCAGAAAGAAAGUCGAAUUAACUUGGGUAACACCCUGCCCGCUUCCUGGCUGUGCCCGAGGUCACCCGUGUAACGUGGUGCUCUGUGAAGGAAGCGUAGAAACGUUUUUGUAAAUGAAACCCAUCUACUUGGCUGGUAUUUUAGAGUGCCUCUUUUGGUCAUGACCGCUCAGUUAAUGAGGUUUUACUCCCACGAAGAGUUGGGGAGAGGAGUCAAACGUAAGUACAGGCACGAGAACAUUUGCACUCCCGCGUUCUCGCGGCCUCUUUAGGAUCGGCACUUUUCAUGGAAAAGCAACGAGCAGUUAUAAGUGUUACAGUCCAGAAAAUAGGACUUGUUUUAUCCAUAAUGUUUAGGCCGUUCAAGCAGGAAACCGAGAUGGCACCGCGAGACAUCGGUGACCCAUCAGACUGCGUCCGAGGAGCUUCCCUGCGCAGCCGGCCACUGCCAGGCCCGCGCGCUGCGAAAUUCCCACCAAAACCUUCAAAAUAGCCUUUUAACUGUAUUUCAGUGGCACCUGCUGGCUUCAGGGGUGGCCUCUACCGCGGAGCCCGUCCCAGGGCCAGCGGACGGGUUGCAGGUGUCUGCCCUAAAUAUUUGCUGACCCGCUGGGAGCGGUGGAGACAGCUGGAAGUUCACCUCUUCCUGGUGGCUCAUUACCAAGCAGAAAGGAGACCUAAACUUGUGAAUCAUUUGCUAAAACUAAUUUACCCACUUCUAUCAGGGUAUCUGCGCUUCGACAAAUAGAUUAGGUCGUAACAAGGGCUUUUGAUCUCCGCACGUUGUGAAGCCAAAAGUGCACAGACUUCGGUGUUUAAUUAAAUAGCUUUCUGCUGAUGGGGAGCUGCUUUUAUUCGUCACUGGGGUUAAGCCUCCUCUUCUCGUUGAUGCGCUCUCUGAAGUGCUUUCUUUUCAGUGGGUGCCAGCACAGUGUCAAGGCAACUGCCUCUUGGUUUUUUGUUCUUUGUUUUUUAAUUUUGGCUGCUGGUUUUGGGUUGGUUUUGCAGUUUUUUUUGCAUUCUUAUGCUUGUCUGUAGCUUAUUUCUGUGGCCAGCAGGGAACCGGGACAGGAGCGGUCCUGCCCAAGAGCAUCCGCGGAGAUAGAGAUUAGGCCAAUAUAAAGGAGACACCGGUGUCCUCCUCAAACUGCUACGAAGCACUCUCUUAAAUGUGUCCCGAGGCUGAUCGAGCGCGUCUUUAAACGAUACCCAGAGGCUGGGUUUUUGAAGUCCGAGACUGAAGGGCAGAGCAUCUGCGUUUUCCUGAUGUAUUCGUUCUUUCCGUUCUCGUUCGUUAGACUGAAGAAUAGGGCUGGGGCUGAACCCCCGAGUCCGGCUAAGCGCCACCUGUCCCAGCGGGUCUGUUGUUUCUCGGUGAUUGAGAGAGAGCUGAGCAGGUCCGAUGAUAUAGAGCAAGUAAAACCAGUCCUGAAAAACAGAAUAAAGCAAGACCUUCCUGUGAAAGGCAUUUUUUUUUACUCAUAUUUUUGGUGACUUAAUUCAGCCUUGCAAAAGCAACGGCGCGGGAGCAGUUUUACGUUACUAGCAACUCGUGAUUAAAAAAACAAAACAAGACAAAAAAAAGAGCGAACCUGUUUUCAAUGUGUACUUUAAUGGUAAGAGAAGCCAGUAUUUGUAAAUAACUUUAGAUAUUGUAUCUAUGAGGAACAUUAUUUGUUUUCUGUACCUUGCUCUUUUCAUAUUUAUUGUGCGGAAGAGGGUUUUAUACCUCAUUGAUAUACUACUAGUGCACGUUUGAAGUAGUAUCUUUCAGAGACUGUGUGCAGAGUUUACAGUCCUCAGCAGUUUCUGUGAUGUGCCACCUUUAGUUAAUUCGACCAUUUUUAUUUUAUUAUUAUUAUUUUUUUAAAUGAGACAUUUUGGAACAGCGAAGCUGCUUCUGUGUGUUGGUCGACUGCUCUCAUACAAAGAGAAUUACAAUAAAAAAACAAUCAUGUGA